AUGGCUGUGUUCAUGGUGAUACUUUGUGUUCUCUUUGUCCUCUGUAUCUGCUCUGCUUUGCUGAGAUGGAAUGAAGUGAGGUACAGGAAGAAAGGCCUCCCUCCAGGCACAAUGGGUUGGCCAGUUUUUGGGGAGACUACUGAGUUUCUCAAACAAGGCCCUAACUUCAUGAAAAACCAGAGAGCAAGGUAUGGUAGUUUUUUCAAAUCCCACAUACUGGGGUGCCCUACAGUUGUUUCCAUGGAUCCAGAGCUCAACAGAUUCAUCCUAAUGAAUGAAGCCAAAGGGCUUGUUCCUGGCUAUCCUCAGUCCAUGUUGGAUAUAUUGGGAAAAUGUAACAUUGCAGCAGUUCAUGGCUCCACUCACAAGUACAUGAGAGGCUCAUUGCUUGCCCUCAUUAACCCAACCAUGAUCAGAGACCAGAUUUUGCCUAAAAUUGAUGACUUCAUGAGAUCCCACCUCAGUGGUUGGGCUAACCAAGUCAUCAACAUUCAAGAAAAGACCAAAGAGAUGGCACUUCUCUCAUCACUUAAGCAGAUUGCAGGCAUUGAGUCAAGCUCAAUUUCUGAAGCAUUCAAGACUGAGUUCUUCAAGCUUGUUUUAGGCACCCUUUCAUUGCCUAUUGACCUUCCUGGCACAAAUUACCGCCGUGGAUUCCAGGGAAGGAAGAACAUCAUAUGCAUGCUGGAACAGCUCAUAGAGGAGAGAAGGGCUUCCCAAGAAGUCCAUCAAGACAUGCUUGGUUGCUUACUGAGUGAUGAAAACAGAUACAAACUCAGUGAUGAAGAAAUAAUUGAUCACAUAAUCACAAUCUUAUAUUCGGGUUAUGAGACCGUUUCUACUACUUCAAUGAUGGCUGUGAAGUACCUCCAUGAUCAUCCCAAAGCGCUUGAAGAACUCAGAAAAGAACAUUUGGCAAUCAGAGAAAAGAAAAGGCCAGAGGAUCCAAUUGACUGGAAUGACUUGAAAUCCAUGCGGUUUACUCGUGCGGUGAUAUUUGAGACCUCAAGAUUAGCUACCAUUGUCAAUGGGGUGCUGAGGAAAACCACUCAAGAUAUGGAGCUAAAUGGUUAUCUGAUUCCAAAGGGGUGGAGAAUUUAUGUUUACACCAGAGAGAUUAAUUAUGACUCCUUUCUGUAUCCUGAUCCAUUAACCUUCAAUCCAUGGAGAUGGCUGGACAAGAGCUUGGAAUCUCACAACUACUGCCUUAUAUUUGGAGGGGGCACAAGGCAGUGUCCAGGAAAGGAACUUGGAAUUGCAGAGAUUUCAACUUUCCUGCACUACUUUGUAACUAGAUACAGGUGGGAAGAAGUUGGGGGAGACAAACUGACGAAAUUUCCAAGAGUAGAGGCACCAAAUGGACUGCACCUUAGGGUGUCUCAUCUUGCUAACUGA